AUGAACAGUGGAAUUCUCUUCUUGACCCUUCUUGGCUUUUUCCCACUCGUGAUGACUGUAUGCCCUGUGCCAUGCAAGUGUGCCACCAACAUUAUUGACUGCACGUCAAAAGACCUAACUGUAGAAAAACUACCAGUUACUUUCCGCCCUUCAGCUGAAAUUAUCCACCUUGGUUACAACAGGCUCACUUCUAUUCCCAAUGGGCUCUUUGACAACCUAAAGAGCCUCCAGGUAGUCUACCUGCAGGGCAACCCUUGGGAAUGCAACUGUGACAUCCUCUACUUGCGCUCCUGGCUCCAGUGGCAGCAGAACCGGACCUUAUACAGGGAUGUGAGAUGCACGUCCCCAGCUCACCUGCAGGAUCGGGUCAUUGCCUAUCUGACAGAAGACGAGAUCAUCUCCACAUGCCAGUACUGGUACUGCAGCCUGGCUCUCCUCUCUCAGCUCUGUCUCUUCAUCCUCCUUUUCCUCCAGGGUAUCUUGGUUAUCUUCAUCAUCGUCUACCUGCAGAAAUUUAGGAGAAUGUCUGCUGAAGCCCAGAGCACCACCCGAGAUCUACACUAG